GACAGUCAGUCAACAUGGCGGCGGGCGUUGCGCGGCCGGUCGGAGCGCGCGCUGUGCAGUGAUGUCCGCGCCCGCGCCCCACGCCCACGGGCGCACCCCCGUGCGGCGCAGGGGGCAUCAACACCACCCGCGGCUGAGGGGCGAAAGAGGGCCCGCCCCCGGGGCACCCGCCGACCCCAUUCCGUCCAAACGAGUGACCUUACACGGCCAAACACUAACAGAAGGAACAGACGAUGUUGUGCCUUGUGUCAAUAGUGUUAGUGAAUCUCAACGACUGACAAGGACGAAUAGUGACGAUGCACUUUCCAAUCGAAAUACAAUCGCGGACUCGAAUAUUUGUGAUGAAAAUGAAUUUGACGUUAGAAACGACUCGGUCGGGAGCUCCGAUGACGAUUUCUCCUUUCGAGAGGAGAGAUCUGCGGCUGACGGUGCAGACGUGACGGUGGUGGCCUCCGACGUAUCCGACGAUGAUCCCGAGACGGCCGAGCUCGCCAAACUUAGGUGUACUAGUGAAUGCACCGAGGUGCUGGCCGAAAGGGAGAACCGACGGCGGAGGAGAUGUGCGGACUAUCCUGGAUUAGCGUUCGGAAGCUCCAUAUUCUCGUCGGACACGAUGAUGAAAUUUUCCAUUAUCAAGAAUGAGCUGCAGAACAUAAAGAACACGGCGUUGAAAAGGGCCGAAUCCGAAGUUGCUGCGCUCAACCGACGCAUCCAGCUGCUCGAGGAGGACCUGGAGAGGUCAGAGGAGCGUCUGGCGACCGCGACCGCUAAGCUCGCGGAAGCCAGUCAGGCCGCCGAUGAAUCGGAACGAAUACGCAAGGCGCUGGAAAAUCGAACCAAUAUGGAGGACGACCGCGUCGCCAUCUUGGAAGCGCAACUGUCACAGGCUAAACUCAUCGCAGAGGAAUCCGACAAGAAAUACGAAGAGGUCGCUCGUAAGCUCGCCAUGGUUGAGGCUGAUCUGGAGCGCGCAGAGGAGCGCGCCGAAACCGGUGAAUCCAAAAUCGUCGAGCUUGAGGAAGAGCUCCGCGUGGUCGGCAACAACCUGAAAUCCCUAGAAGUCUCUGAGGAAAAGGCCAACCAACGUGAAGAGGAGUACAAAAAUCAGAUCAAAACCCUCACAACCCGCCUAAAGGAGGCUGAAGCUCGUGCUGAAUUUGCUGAGCGCUCUGUGCAAAAACUCCAGAAGGAGGUUGACAGGCUUGAAGACGAUCUGGUGUCCGAGCGCGAAAAGAGCAAAAUUCUGCAGGAGGAAAUGGAGGCCACGCUCCACGACAUCCAGAACAUGUGAACAUGCCCUAUCUCCCCCGCCCGACUCACUUUACCUAUAUAUCGAUAUCGAGGAACUAAUGCGCCCCUCACUAGCCGACUCUCGUAAUGGCAGCGUCACUUGACAGCUGACAGGCGGCCAUUGCGGGAGCGCGUCUACAAUCUAUGAAUCGCGGGCUUUUCGAGCCGGGAUGAAUGAACUAUCGUUUUAUUUAUUGAUUUCUUUAUUUUUUACUUAUGAUUCUUUUCUUAUUUUAUUUUUGAUAUGAUUAUUUUAUUAUAAUGACUAGUUAAUUUGAAGUGAAGCGGGCGGGUGACUAGAUGUUACUAGAGUAUAAAUUGCCAGCCGCUUUUAAGUAACGUCAAGAUCGAGUGUUCGCUACGACACCACUGCCAUGUGCAAUUUUUUUUUUAAUUUCGUACACAAUCUAAUGUUUUUUUUGUCCCGUAAGUAUGCCAUUAAGUGUAAUUCUUCAUUUUUGUGUUAGUCAUUUGUAAAAACUACCGUUGUUUUAGCUCAAUAUAUAGUGCGUACUUUAAAUUAUUGAUUAAGAUAUUUCGACAUUCCUUUAUUGGGACCAAAACGAGUCGCAAAUUAUCUUUUUCUAAAUUAAUGGUUUUUUAUAAAAGACAUUUAUAUGAAAAACAUUCCUAACGAUAGCUUGCUAAGCGAUUCCGAUGAAAAUAUUUAGUUUUAUAUUGGGGAGUGCACUGUUUGCGAUUUAUUAUGAACUUUUUUAUUUACUUAAUACUAGGAAAGAGAUUAGUUAUUUUUAUUUAAUGAGUGAUGGUAACACGUAUAAUAAUGAUAUUUAUGAGAAAAUGCUUGAUUUAUGAUAUGAAGUUAAUGAUAUUCUAUAAUUAUAGUUUCGAGAAUGUUCUUUUUUUCUUGUGUCAUAGUUUCCCUUGUUAUUUAUUAAAAAUAAUCUAUGGUUAAUGACAGAUAAUUACUAGAUUUAGUACACGUUACUAUAGCACUAUCUAAUGGCAAAAACGCUGGCAAUUCAUCCCAGGCUGUUCCGGGGUGACUUAUGAAUACAGAUUAUGAAAAUGUAAUUUAAAAUGAUCAAUCGAGGGUAAUCCGUCUUUUUUUUUUAAAUAAAAGUUAUCGAUUAAUAAAUGGAUAGAUAAGUUCGUGAGAAAUAAAUUAAUGAUUUUUAAGAGUAUUCUAACACAAGUGUUUAUAAAUAUAUUAUAUUAUUAUUUUUAA